CAGCUGGGGGAUUUCCUGGGCGGAAGCAGCGGAGGGGGUUUCCAGUGUGAUCAGCCCAGUCCUCCCCGUUGGAUCUCUGAACUGGAUCCCGGUGGCUUUUCUAUCUCAUACACACACACACGCAGGACCGACAGACCCAGGAGAGCCCGCAGAACCCUGAGCCUGAACCUGGACCAUGAGGAGUCGGCCCGAGGCACGGAGGCUCCGAGGCAGCGGCAGGUUGACGGUUUGAAUCCCGGAGAGAGUCCGCCGAGGAGCUGCUGGAGGAGCCGCCGAGCCGAGCUGUGGCCUGCGGAGGAGAUUCAUGUCAUGUCAGCGGGGAGGAGUGCUGACGGGAGGGAGGUGCAGAUUCCCCUCCAGCAGGUGGCGCCCUCCCUGGCCACGCCCCUGGUGGUUCCACCCAUCACACCGCCCUCUCACCGCCCAGCCAAUCCCUGGCCCCCCAGCGACCCAAACGCUUCUCAAGGUGUCCCUGCAGGUUUCCUGCCUCUUCACGGAGGAUUCAGAGAUCACUUUGUAGAAACUCCAGAAGCCAAAUACUGCUGCGAGGCCUGCAGGCUGGUCCUGUGUCAGCCCCGCCAAACCGAGUGUGGACACCGCUUCUGUCAGAGCUGCAUCCACGACAUCCUCAGUCAUCCAAACCCGGUAUGUCCAGCUGACAUGGAGCCUCUGUUCAAAGACAAGAUCUUCAGAGACGUUUGCUGCCAUCGGGAGAUCAUGGCGCUGAAGGUUUACUGCCGCAGUGAAGCUAACGGCUGCCAGGAGCAGAUGGGUCUGCAGCAGAUACCCGACCACCUGAAUGUGUGUCCGUUCUACGAGGUUCCCUGUCCGUUGGGUAAAUGUAAAGAGCGAAUGAUGAGGAAAGAGAUUCCCGACCACCUGAGCUGGAAAUGUAAACACAGAGAAACCAGCUGCGAGUUCUGCAUGACCAAGAUGCCUCUGACCGACCUGCAGAAACACAAAGAGACAGUGUGUCCGGCGUUUCCGGUGUCGUGUCCAAACCACUGCUCCUUCUCCUCUCUGCCCCGGAGUGAGCUGUCUGCUCAUCAGCACGAUUGUCCCAAAGCUCAGGUGAGCUGUCAGUUCCACCGCUUCGGCUGCACCUUCAAGGGUUUGAACCAGGACCUAAGGCAGCAUGAGUCCACCUUCGCAGCUGAACACCUGAGAAUGAUGGCCAACAGAAACUGCACGUUAGAGAACAAGGUGGAAGAUGUUAAAGGUGAGCUGUUGGAGAGGUAUAAGGUGCUUCCUGCUCUCAGCAACCGUCUGUCUGACCUGGAGAACCAGAACGACGAGCUGAGAGAGAAGAACCGACAGAUGGAGCAGAAACUGGCCAACAUGCAGAAACUCAUGAGCUCUCACUCAGAGAAGCUCCUGGAGGUGGAGCUGGAGCUUCGUUCUCUGCGCGUGCUCAGAGACGAAGUGGAGAACCUGAGAGGAACGCUGGAGAACGUCCGGACAAGACUGAACGCUCUGGAACAAGGAGGGCGAGGCGGGACUGGAUCCACAACACAUACUCUGGCAUCCCUGGAGACACAGAUGAAUCGGCAUGACGACAUGCUGAGUGUCCAUGACAUCCGAUUGGCGGACAUGGACUUACGUUUCCAGGUGCUGGAGACGGCAAGCUACAACGGGACUCUGAUCUGGAAGAUUCGUGACUACAAGAGACGGAAACAGGAAGCGGUGGCUGCGAAGACGCUGUCGCUGUACUCGCAGCCAUUUUACACCGGGUACUUCGGGUACAAGAUGUGUGCACGUGUCUACCUGAAUGGAGACGGCAUGGGCAAGGGGACACACCUGUCGCUGUUCUUUGUGGUGAUGAGGGGCGAGUACGACGCCCUGCUGCCCUGGCCCUUCAAACAGAAGGUGACUCUGAUGCUGAUGGACCAGGGUCCCUCAAGGAAACACUUGGGUGAUGCCUUUAAGCCGGAUCCAAACAGCAGCAGCUUCAGACGUCCUGCAGCAGAGAUGAACAUUGCUUCUGGCUGUCCUCUCUUUGUGUCUCAGAGCGUCCUGGAGACGGGCAGCUACAUAAAAGACGACACCAUCUUCAUCAAGACGGUGGUACCGCCUGGGCCCUGGAUGCCAGUGGCAGCCGUGGUUCAGAACCGGUAUCUGUGGGUCCAGACCGCAGGGGGACGACGACCACUGGUGGCAGAUCAGCAUCUCGGACUACGUGGUCUUCGAUCAGGGCAGUCUGUUCCAGACGCUGCUGCAGGCCACCCAGAGCGUUGCCACGGUAACCAGGGCGCCAGUGGAGCGGGUGGUGGCCUUCCUGUCGCAGUACUCGCAGUGCCAGCCGAGCCUGGUCAGCGCCAACGCCAGCGGAGUCUGGGUCGCCUCUGGCCGGAACCAGCUACACCUGGCCCGCGGCAGUCUCGUGGGAACCUUCUGGCAGAACGUUGUUCCAAGAGGAACCGUCUCAGCCACCAGAUGGACCUUCAUCACGUCAUCGGCUGUCCCGCACAGAGAAGGACACACACCUGCACACUGCACACACCCAGACCUCAACAAGCAGUCCUGGUCCACCGCCUGCCUUUAACUCUGAACGCACCUGACCGUUAGUCUGCCUGUGUC